AUGCGAAGGCUUAGUGCCGCUGUUCUAGAGUCUCCACGCUCGCUGAGAGCGGGGUGCUCAGUACCAGUUCGGCCACUGCAGCAAGGCUGGGCGUGGGUGGACUGCUCUGAGACCCUGUUUCUGGAGGCGGUUCCCGCAGGGAGGCUUCCUGACUCUGACGAGUAUUUAGGAGAGAAUGCUUUUGUGCACGACUUAAAGGAUUGGCUGCUGGGGAGGUGGGGCGGAGUCAUCCCCCGGACCGUGGUGGUGGGUGUCUGGGCCGGAGAUGCUCAGCCUGUUUCUGCCCCUGAGUCGGGUUCCAUCCUCUACGUCUGGGCCUCGGAGAGCCCUCUCUUACCUAGACCGCCUCAGAAUGUCAGGUGGCGCCCGCUCCUUCUGGCCCUCUCCGCCAGGCCCUGGGAGGGUGUCGCACCAGACCCCGGAUCCGCGCUCCUUGGGGGACAGAGGCAAGUUUCAACCAUCCAGAGGCGUCCCAGCGGCAGCACCGGGCUCCCCAACACCUCUUCCCUCUGGGGUGUUGAAAUGCACAAUGGAAUACUACUCUGCCACAAAAAAGAAUGCAGUCUUUUCUUUUGUGAGAGCAUGGAUGGACCUGGAGAGAGUGCUGGGAACCGCCCUGCCUGGUUUCAGAAGCUGUAGCUGUGCCCACCCCCAUGGCUAAGGCGGAGUGAGUGACCUUUGGACCAUAAGCCACUAAAGGAGACAAAGCUCAUCUCUCUGGCAGGGGUGCUGCUUCACCCUGCCUGGACCCCUUUUCUUCACCCUGCCUGGGCCCCACUGCAUGAUCGGUCAGCCAGUGAUGGGUAAGAUUCCUCAAGGGAGGGAUGACCUAAGACAGGCAUGAUCACAGGGGCCCCCAGGGAAGGACUUGGGGGGCUAUAGUAAAAGGAGAUGAUGCACCCUCACCCCUCAGCCUUGACAUAGCCUGAGUCCUCAUUCUGUCUGCGAGUAGUCUCCUAAUCUCUUGGCUGCCUUACUUCUCUUGCCUGACUUAAGCCUGAAACAAUGACAGAAGGCAGUGCAGCCCUGUGCAGGAACGGGUGGGUUCCCCAGGGUGAACAGGUGUAAGAAAGAAUAUGUAAACUCCUGUGAAACCUGCUUUGCUAAGAAUGCUCUCAAUUUUCUGAUAAGGGUCUGAGCAGGAUGAGUUUGUUUCCCAAAGUUUUGUAACCCCUUAGCUAACAGACCCUGACUCAGAAUAAGCCCUAGUAGUUCUUUGUAUGUUAUCUAUUGUCUAAUCCUUAUUGCCUGACAAUGAUUGAUGAACUUUACCUGUAUUUCUGUGCAAAUUGAACCCAAUAAAAACCCAUUGAGGAAAAGGUCUUGGCCUCCUCCUUUGAGCGAUUGGCCACCUUUCCUCCCCAAGCAGAUCAUGGCUUGGUAGACUUACUCUCAUCCAUGGUGGCCAGGGGAGUGGGGGAGCCUUGUGGGCAGAGCCCCCCACAAGAGAUUAUUAUGCCAAGUGGAAUAAUUGCAUGAUCUUUAAAGGUGCCCAAGGUAGUCUGCGUGGGAAUUGCAGUAUGUAGAGAUACCAAUGAGUGUCAUACCAUAUUCAUAGACUCACAUGGGGAGGGCACAGAGGAGUUGGUUGGAAUUUCAUUUAAUCAGUAAAUGUUUGUGGAAUGAGGGUCAUAUAACUUUCCCCGUACUUUGCCUGGAGAAAGUUCAGUCAUUGUUAAAUAUAAUGAGAAUGGUUUUGGCAACAUAGAUGUAACCUGGCAGCCAAGGAGAGUGGACCAGAACGCACAUGUGUGAACAAUGACAACAUCACCAUUGUGUGAGCAUGUGUAC